AUGGCAUUCGCUGGUCUCCUCUGUAUGACAGCGUUUGCCCAGGCUGCCCAGGUCCAUUACACCUGGGACUUGACCUGGGCGCCUGGAUCUCCGAAUGGCGUGCAACGAGACCUGAUCUUUAUCAAUGACCGGUUUCCAGGGCCACCAUUGUACGCUGAUGAGGGCGACGAUGUGAUUGUUGAAGUAACCAACCAUACGCCAUUCAAUACGACCGUGCACUUCCAUGGAAUUGAACAACGAGGCACUCCACGUUCUGAUGGGGUCCCGGGCCUGACCCAAUUCCCCAUUGAGCCCGAGGCCAAGUACGUCUACAAGUGGCAUGCAAAUAACUAUGGAACAUACUGGUACCAUUCUCACGAUUCAUCACUACUUCUCGAUGGUCUCUAUGGAGCCAUCCAUAUCAGACCAUCUCCAGAUCGGGAAAAUCCAUUCUCAAAGAUUUCCAAUGAUCCCGGUGAUCUCAAGGCAAUGAGAGAAGCCGAGCAAAACCCGAUAUUAGUCGUUCUUUCCGACUGGGAUCACCUGACAGGACCAGAAUAUAUGCAGGCAAUGGAAGACACCGGUUACGAUAUUUUCUGCUCGGACAGUAUCCUCGUUAAUGGCAUGGGAUCUGUAUAUUGCAAAGAUCCGGAGGAACUGACUUCGUAUCAGCCAGCGCAAGUUCAGGAGGUCGUCAACGCUACUUUGACUGACAAGGGAUGCGUGCCUUUCGUGACCAGCCUACAAGGAGACUGGGAGCAUCACCCCGAUAAUCUCCCUCCUGGUCUAAACUCUGGCUGCGAACCGAGCGAAGGACCCCAGGCCGGGUUCUCUGUGGAUGCAUCGCAGAAAUGGGCAAGCUUCAACUUCAUCAGUGCGGCUGGUGUUAAGGCUCUUGUGGCCUCCAUUGACGAGCACCCCUUAUACGUCUAUGAAGUGGACGGGCGGUAUAUCGAGCCUCAAUUGGCCCACUCCAUUGAAAUAUACAACGGAGAGCGCUACUCGGCUAUGGUCAAACUUGACAAAGAGCCUGCUUCCUAUACGAUGCGUGUCGCGAGCACUGGGGCUCAGCAAGUGAUCUCGGGCUAUGGCACGGUUACCUACCAGGGAGGCGAGAGCAACCAGCGUGAGUCGGAAGCGUACAUCAACUAUGGCGGAGCCCCCGUUUCGGACUCCGUAAAGCCGCUGGAUACCAGCAACUUGCCACCAUUCCCGCCUAUUCAUCCACCACAAAGGGCCGAUGACUUCCAUCUCCUGACGCUGGGCCGAGUUGGCACCUCGUGGCAAUGGACUUUGGAUGGAACAGAGCUCUUCCCGGCAGACCUAGAUGCGCUAUAUCCGAUUAUUCGCGAUCCAGACAGCCUACAACUCGCAGAUGCGCUCAAGAUAAAGACCAUAAACGGCACUUGGGUUGACCUGGUUUACCAGUUAGAAAUCGACGAGCCGACAGUCGUGCAGCCUCCGCACCCGAUGCACAAGCAUUCCAACAAAGCAUUUAUCAUUGGCCGGGGAACAGGAAAGUUCCAGUGGUCAGAUGUUAAGGAAGCAAUGCGGCAGCACCCCGAAAACUUCUUCCUGAACAAUCCGCUGUACCGGGACACGUUUGUCACGUCUGCCGCUGGGGAGUCGUGGUUGGCAAUUCGAUACCAGGUUGUCAACCCGGGGCCGUUCUUCCUACAUUGCCACACAGAGACUCAUCUACACGGCGGAAUGGGAGUGGUACUGCUGGACGGUAUUGAUGUAUGGCCGGGAGUGCCGGAGGAAUAUCUCUACCAGUAG